AACCAGAAUCGCUUUGGGUCUGGUCGCCAAGAUGGCGUCCUCCGCCUCCGCUAGGACUCCGGCCGGGAAGCGAGUGGUAAAUCAGGAAGAAUUGCGGCGGUUAAUGAAGGAGAAGCAGCGUCUGAGCACCAAUCGGAAACGGAUAGAAUCUCCAUUCGCGAAGUACAACCGUUUGGGGCAGCUGAGUUGUGCCCUGUGUAACACCCCGGUUAAGAGCGAGCUCCUGUGGCAGACUCACGUCCUGGGAAAGCAGCACCGAGAGAAAGUGGCCGAGCUGAAAGGCGCGAAGGAAGCCAGCCAGGGUUCGUCCGCCAGCUCAGCGCCUCAGACCGUCAAGAGGAAAGCGCCGGACGCAGACGGCCAAGACGCCAAGAGAGCGAAGGCCACCUUGGUGCCUCAGGUACAGCCCUCCACAUCUGCGUUGCCCACCAACUUUGACAAAACAGGAAAGGAGUUCAUUAGAACGACUUCCAGUAAGCCUUCAGGACUCAGUUUACUCCCCGAUUAUGAAGAUGAGGAGAAGGAGGAAGAGGAGGAGGAAGGAGAUGGAGAAAGAAAAAGGGGGGACGCCAGCAAGCCGCUGUCCGACGCACAGGGCAAGGAGCACUCAGUUUCUUCUUCGCGGGAGGUAACAAGUAGUGUGCUGCCAGACGAUUUCUUUAGUACUAAUCCUCCCAAGGCCCCCAUAAUUCCUCAUUCAGGGUCAAUUGAGAAAGCAGAAAUACAUGAAAAAGUGGUGGAAAGGAGAGAAAACACCGCGGAAGCGUUACCGGAAGGUUUUUUUGACGACCCUGAGGUAGAUGCAAGGGUGCGAAAGGUUGAUGCCCCAAAAGAUCAGAUGGACAAAGAGUGGGACGAAUUCCAAAAAGCCAUGAGGCAGGUCAACACUAUUUCCGAAGCCAUAGUUGCCGAAGAGGAUGAGGAGGGACGGUUGGACCGCCAGAUUGGGGAGAUUGAUGAGCAGAUAGAGUGUUACCGACGGGUGGAAAAGCUACGGAAUCGCCAGGAUGAAAUAAAAAAUAAACUUAAAGAAAUCCUGACCAUAAAAGAACUGCAGAAAAAGGAAGAAGAGAAUGCUGACAGCGAUGAUGAGGGGGAACUACAGGAUUUGUUGUCUCAGGAUUGGAGAGUGAAAGGGGCAUUGUUAUAAGGUUUUAAAGACCCAAGGUUUCUCACAGCCUCUGCUAUUGUAUAAAAAGGGCUGUCUCUCAGUAGUAUAUCGGUUACUUCAUGCCUAGAGAUUUGGGUACCUGGAUUGCUAAACUGGAUUGUUAAGAUAAAAUGAGCCAGUGAGCUACAGCACUUUGGAAAAUUUGUGUAAAAUGUUUUUGAGGUAAAGUUGUUUUUGAAAUUUCUGUAGUGUUAUAUACCAAAAUGCCAACUUUUCCACAACAGACGUAACUGUAUAAUUUCGUUGUAAAUAUUGUACAUAGUUAAAUCUAUAUUAAGUAAUUCUGUUUUGAAUUUUUUUAAUUAAUAGACCAAACGGCAAACUUUUAGAUGAAUGCUCACUGUGGUAUUUGUAAUGUAUUUAUCUUCUGAACCCUACAUCAAGUUGAAAAGGUUUGUUUUCUUGUUUCUUUGGUUUUUUUAGAACACUUCAUGAACACAUAAGUCAUUGUAGGUUAAUCAGUUCUCUUAGUAUGCUUCAUUUUAAAAACAGAAAAAUAUAUGCCAAACACGAUCAGCCUCCCUAAACCAGUUUCCCUUGACUAGACCAAUGCUGCUCAGAUGUGGUUGCACGUGAGAAUCACCUAUGAAGCAUUAAAAUAAAUUCAAGUGUC